AUGUACUGCUGGCCCAACUUCAAAGACCACCCCGACUUUGCUGUGGACAAGAUUCCACGGAGUGAUGUGCUCUCAUCCGCAAUGGAAGUCAGCGCAGAAUUUGGCGAGACCCUUUCCUUCGCUGAAAUUGAUGAAGAGGCGAAUCGGCAAGGUGUUAGUAUCUGGCCCAUGAUCAUCUUCGAGGGCGAUAAAGCGAUGAAUCGAUUCCACGCCUUGGCUAUGAUGGAUGAGACUCAGGAGUACGUGGACAGCGAUGAGGGCCAUACAGAUGCCUCUGACCAGGAACCUGGGACGGACUUAGACGAGUACGAAAGCGACGGAAUUGAUGACGAUGACAUCAAUGAAUAUUCGUCAGGCGAUGAUGACGAAGACGACUUGGCAGUUCUGCCCAUGAGCGACGAUCUGUCUACUGCAGGAGACUUCUCGCCCUCCGGCGAGCAUGCUAUUGAGGGUGCAGAUGCUGGUCUCAAUGCCUACCCGCAAGCUCAGUUUUCCAGCCCCGAAGCCGAGUCAGACACCGCGCGCGACAUCGACAGCUCGGAAUCUGAUGAAGCGCCCGCUCGAGCUCCUAAGCGACGCAAACGCCGUGCAGUGGCCUCCAGCUCAGAAGACGACUCAGGCGAGGACGUGCCUAGAAAGCGGGCUCGCACUGGAAGCCGUAGAGCUGCUAUCGUUUCAGACGAGGACGAUGAUCGGAAUUCUGUAGAUGACGUCGCCAACCCUCCACGGGCGCAGAAACAAACAUCUGAGGAGGGUUCCGAUUCGGACUCGGACGAUGAACCAGUUCCUUCGCGUCCGAUGUCUCUGGCUGAACGACUUCAGCUCAACCGCAUUCAGAACCCAGUCUCAGGCUCUGAUGACGAAUCCAGCUCCUCGGCUGUUCCUAGCAUUAGAGACUACGGUGACUUUCAGGAUGAUGACCAGAGCGUUGACACGGGCGAUCCAGGUAGUGAGGAAGAGGCACUGUCGGAAGAUGCAUUGAUCGAUGGUCAAGCGGAAGAGUCAGAUGAUGAUAGUUGGUGA